UUGCAGGCGCUGAAGAACAACAACUUCCCGCACCACGACGCCGGCAUAGAGGUGCUGUAUCGCUUUGCAGCCUUUGACCCGUUUGCGCGCACCGACUACUUUGGCGUCACCCUGGACCUGGGGCAGUUUGAGCGGUUCCGCCGCAUCCUGUACACCCCCUACUACACCACCCUGCUGAACCUGUCGGAGUGGGAGGUCACGUCGACGCUGGAGGUGUCGGAGUCGCAGUGGGUGGCGCGCGUGCACGUCAUCAACGGGUACCGCCGCGAGGAGCGCGACUACAGCUUCUUCAUGGAGCAGCGAUUUGGCGGCAAAUAUGACGGGUGA